AUAGGUUCUUGAUAAAGAUAUACAUUUAACACAAAAGAGAUAUUGUAAUUGAUUAUUAGUACAAUUUUGAGUGUUAUUUAAUUAUUUAUAUACAUUUUCCAAUUAAAAUCCUUUAAAAAUCAAAUUUAGACGGUGAAAUAGUUGAGCGAUUUGAGAUUAUUUUUUUUGAUAAUUUAUAGUAAAGAUGACUAAUAUUUUUAAAAGUGUUACAGUUUUUAAAGUUCUUGACAGUACAUUGAUAUUAUUAUUUAAAGGAACUUUAAAAAUUAAGUAUAGUGAGCAGGAGCUAAUUAUGCAUUUUGAUGAAGAAGAAUUGGAAAAUAUUCACCCGCAAUUUUUAGAGUUGAAAGUAUCAAAUGAAACCGAAUACAGUAAAGUAUCUCAUCACAGCUACAUCUUUACUUUUGAACAAGACAGUUACCUUAUCGAGUUUUUUAAUGCUACUGAUUUUAAGAACUUCAACUUAGUAAUAUUAAAGUUCAAAAACGACUUAGGAAAGUCAGUAUUCAAUGAUCGUACAGAGGAGUCAUCGGCUAUGCAAUACUUUCAAUUUUACGGAUACUUAUCACAGCAACAAAAUAUGAUGCAAGACUAUGUACGAACAAGUACAUACCAACGUGCUAUUUUAGGAAAUUUGUCAGAUUUUAAAGAUAAAAUUGUAUUAGAUGUAGGAGCAGGUUCAGGAAUUCUGUCGUUUUUUGCUGUACAAGCUGGCGCAAAAAAAGUUUACGCAGUUGAAGCGAGUAACAUGGCUUACCAUGCAGAACUAUUAGUCGCAGCUAAUAAUUUAUCAGACAAAAUAACAAUCAUUGCAGGGAAAAUAGAAGAAAUAACUAUACCAGAAAAAGUAGAUUGUAUAGUUAGUGAACCAAUGGGAUAUAUGUUAUACAAUGAAAGAAUGCUUGAAACAUACUUACAUUCGAAGAAAUGGUUGAAAUCUGGAGGUAGAAUGUUUCCUACCAGAGGAGAUCUUCAUAUUGCGCCAUUCACUGAUGAAAGUUUAUACAUGGAACAAUUUAACAAAUCCAAUUUUUGGUAUCAAACGUGCUUUCAUGGUGUUGAUUUAUCUGCAAUGAGGGGGCAUGCAAUAAAAGAAUAUUUCAGACAACCUAUAGUUGAUACUUUUGAUAUUCGUAUUUGUAUGGCAAAAUCUAUAAGACAUAUAGUCGACUUCCGGACAGCGCAUGAGACUGAUCUUCAUACUAUUGAAAUAAAAGUGGAUUUCCAUAUUCUUGAGAGUGGAACUUGUCAUGGUCUUGCUUUCUGGUUUGAUGUAGCAUUUAUUGGAUCUACGCAAGAAGUUUGGCUUAGUACUGCACCAACAGAACCUUUAACCCAUUGGUAUCAAGUACGCUGUUUACUUGAGAAUCCUUUAUUUUGUAAGAGUGGUCAGCUUUUGUCCGGAAAAGUAAAUUUGGUAGCAAAUAAACGGCAAUCGUAUGAUGUAACUAUUGAACUGAAAUUAGAAGGCUCAAAUUUGGGAAGCAGUAGAAAUGUACUAGAUCUGAAAAAUCCAUAUUUUCGAUACACUGGAGUUGCUACCCAACCUCCACCUGGGCUUAAUAAUACAUCACCUAGUGAAUCAUAUUGGAAUACAUUAGAUGUACAAGGAGCUCGUCAAGCAAUGAAUAUGGUGAAUGGUAUGUCAGUAAAUGGAUUAGGCGAAGUAUCCAUUGAAGGGAAUAACAUUUGUGGGUCUAAUAGCUCAUUUAUCACUGGUCAGCCUAAUAUUCAUCCAGGGUUAAUUUCAAGUACUGGCCGAACAAGAGUAGCAGUUUCAGCUACAAGCACGCAAGCAGCUCAAUUGAUUGGUGGAGGAAUAACUCCCAAUAUGUUCACAUCGUCUGCAGCACGUUUUAUUUAAUAUCUAUAUUCGAUUUUAAUAAUUUAUUAUCAUAUACUGAAGUUGAAUCAUUUUUGUACCUGGCAAUAUGUUAUACCAAUGAAUAUAAUUUUAAA